AUGGAACAGAGAAAUGAGUCUGGAGUCUCUGAGUUCAUCCUCCUAGGCCUUUCAAAUGAUCCAGAGCAGGAGAGGUUCCUGUUCUUCUUCUUCAUGCUUAUGUACCUGAUCACAGUGCUGGGGAACCUGCUCAUUAUUCUGGCCAUUAGAAUCGACUCUCACCUUCAUACUCCCAUGUACUUCUUCCUCAGCAACUUGUCCCUGGUUGACAUCUGCUUCACAUCCACCACCAUCCCUAAGAUGUUGGUAAAUCACAUAUCUAAGAUCAAAGCAAUCCCUUACGGCAGGUGCUUAACACAAACAUUCUUCUUCAGUUGGCUUAUAGGAACUGACAGUGUCCUCCUGGCCUCCAUGGCCUAUGACCGUUAUGUGGCUAUCUGUGCCCCACUACACUAUUCCAUGAUCAUAACUCCAAGGGUCUGUGUGUUCCUGGUAGCAGUGUCCUGGAUCUGGACAUGCAUUAAUUCCCUUAUACACACUACAGCCCUGAGCCAGCUUUCCUUCUGUGGCCACAAUGAAAUCCACCACUUCUUCUGUGAUCUCAGUGCCCUGAUAAAGUUGGCCUGUUCAGACACCUUCAUCAACGACUUGCUGAUCUACACAGUGGGAGGACUGACAGCCGUCGUGCCCUUCAUUGGCAUCCUGAUCUCCUACAUUCACAUUUUCGUGGCUGUGCUGAGGAUCCCAUCUGCUGGUGGAAAGAGGAAAGCUUUUUCCACCUGUGGCUCCCACCUCACUGUGGUCUGUCUCUUCUAUGGGACAAUCAUCGGAGUGUACUUCAGUCCCACAUCCACCCACACAGCACAAAAGGACACAGCGGUAGCUGUGAUGUACACAGUGGUCACCCCCAUGCUGAACCCUUUUAUCUACAGCCUAAGGAACAAUGACAUGAAGGGAGCCCUUAGGAUGCUCCUCACCAGGAAACCAGACCUCUCUUUGUGGCUGUGA